GAUAUCCGACUCUCCUGGCAAUGCAACUACAGGUAGCUGUAGUUUAGUAUUCCGGUGCGCGUUCAUGUCCAGCGGGGAUAAAGAGAACGAGCGCGAGAUCACGAUCGGGUUUAAAUUCAGUCUGUCUCCGUCCGGGCUUCGGCAGUGCGGAUCAUUCGUAGUUCAGAUUCUGUCGUGUUCAGUUGUGUACUUCAGUUCUAUUCGGUAGAUUUUAAGUCAUCAAUCAAAGUGUUCAAUCAAGCAACAUGAAGGUGCUAAUCGUGUUGGCGGUUGUGGGCUGUUUAGCCUCAGUGCAAGCAGACCAACCAAAAAAAGCGUUCGUAUUCCUGCAAGGUACUUCCGGUGUGUCUGGUAAUGUAACCAUAACACAGUCAUCAUGCACCGAGCCCGUGUUUAUCGAGGUAAACAUUAUCGGACUGGAACCCGGCAAGCAUGGAUUCCACAUCCACGAAAAAGGUGACCUGAGCGACGGCUGCACAAGCACCGGAGGUCACUAUAACCCUGAAAAGGCGACGCACGGUGGUCCAAACGACCAUGUUCGUCAUGUCGGUGAUCUGGGAAAUGUUCUCGCCGACGAGAGUGGAAUAGCAAAAACCUCCUUUUCGGACACUGUUGUAUCUCUGUUCGGUUCGUACAGCGUCCUCGGCCGUGCCAUCGUCGUCCAUGAGGGAGUGGAUGAUUUCGGAAAGACAAACCACCCGGACUCGCUAAAAACUGGAAAUGCUGGUGGACGACUUGCUUGCGGAGUCAUCGGAAUCCUAUCGCCUUUCGAUGAACCGGAGGAACUUUGCAGUAGUGACGGUAAGCGUGUGGCCCCCAUUCUAACUUUGAUAGGCCUGAUCAUGAGCUGUUUGGUUGUUCGUGUCUUUCGAUACUGAUUCAUGGAUGAUGGUCAUCAGUCAUCCUGUACAUUGACUUUCUCUACCAGCUUUUGUGACCAUUAAGUGGAAUGACAGGUGGUUCAUUGAACUGAAUAAUUUCCGAAAACUCACCAGCUACAAUGACACUCAUCUUCGUAAAGCCGUUGGAUACAACAUUUGAUUACGGUGCGGUCUGCGAAGCAAAAGCCCGUUAAGUGUUUUUUCGCGUGAAGAAAGCAUUCCUUAUUUGACUAUGUCCCUAUAUUUAUAAUUAUGUACAUAUUGUGUUAUACCUAGUUGUUAGUCGCCUUAUUUAUUCUGAUGUAAAUAAUUUGUUUCGUUUAUGAAGGACGUUGUUUUCUCAACAGCGAAUCAGGUAACGUGCUGUGUUUAUAAUCUUCUAGGUACAAAAGAGCAUUAUGGCAGUCGUCUCGUCGGAAAGUAAUAUUCCUUUUGCGAGAAGAUGAAUACACUACUGAUUCCAAAGAAAAGCUUAUUCUUUAUGCAUUUUGAACAACCAUUGGCUAGGAACAUACCUACGAUGAAAAAGGUUCAAUGUCAAGCGAUUCUAAGUUGCAGAUAAAGGAAUAACGUUGAUAUUAAAUAAAGAAACCAAUACGAUGUGAA